GUGGUUGCAAUUGCUUGCAAAAGGUACCUACCUAUCUACCGUAGCAAAGUGCAAAAUAAACAAAAACAACUGAAAAUAAUAAUUGUAUUAUUUGAUAUUUCUGAAGAUUCAUGCAUAAUAUUGUCCAGCAAUCUAAAGUCACGCAAAAGAUAUUUUGCAAACAUCUUUUGCAGUGUAAAAACGCAAACAAAAAUUAAAGAACACUUUAUUGUUUGUCUAAAAUGCUGUCAGCCCUGAUAAAGGAACAUCAAACUAAACAAGCUGCCAAAAGAGUUGUACAAGAACAAAAACGCAAAGAAUGUAUUGUAGCUGCAAAUGAUUUGACUCAAGCACUAGUAGAUCAUUUAAAUGUUGGAGUGGCUCAGGCUUAUUUGAACCAAAAAAAAUUGGAUGCUGAAGCAAAAUUACUUCACCAAGGAGCUAUAAACUUUUCCAAGCAAACACAACAAUGGUUGGCACUAGUGGAAAAUUUCAGCAGUGCAUUAAAAGAAAUAGGUGAUGUUGAGAACUGGGCCAGGAGUAUUGAGAAUGAUAUGAAAAUUAUCACAGACACUUUAGAAAGAGCAUAUGAAACUACACAAGAAAGCCCAGCUAGUACUAGUCAAUAAGGUAAUUGGUAAUAGGUGUAAUUUAAUUAAUCAUCUGUUUCUAUAAGCUAUCAGUUAUCAAAUAAAUCCGUAUAAAUUAA